UAUAAUCAGUUUAUCGCGGGAGUGUACGUGCUCAUUGCUCUAUUGAGUUUUCAUUAAUAUUUGAGCACUAUACAGAACGUAGCAAUUACGUUACGUUGAUAUGGGUAAGAAACUUGAUGCAUUGCUCGGUAGAAACUUCAAAACUGAUAAAUUCAAACCAAUUGUUAAUCUCGCCAUCUCUCGUCUUGCUGUUCUCAAGAAUCAACGCAACGCGCGUCUCAGACAAUCCCGUUCUGAUGUCCUUCAACUUCUCCAACUCGGUCCCGAUCAUCAUCAACGUGCUCUCCUUCGAGUUGAGCAUGUAAUCAAGGAGCAGAAUAUGUUAGAUGUGUAUGAUGAAAUUGAAGGAUAUUGCAACCUCUUGAUUGAAAGGGUUCACCUCAUUGCACAACAAAGAGAAUGUCCUGAUGAACUACAAGAAGCAGCAUCAGGAGUACUCUUUGCUGCAUCAAGGUGUGGUGAUUUUCCAGAGAUUCAACAGAUUCGUGCAAUUCUUACUUCUAGGUUUGGGAAAGAAUUCGCUGCACGUGCUAUUGAAUUAAGGAAUAACUGUAAAGUCCAUCCUAAGAUAAUCACAAAGCUUUCAACGAGGAUGUCGAGCUUAGAAAGCAGAAUGAAGGUACUCAAAGAAAUUGCUUCUGAGAACAAUAUUACUCUGCAGCUUGAACAAGCUUUAGAUGAGCAACAAGUAACAAAUGAGGAAAGGCAAAAGCAGCACAAGUCUGAGAUAAAGGAAGAAGCGAAUGUCCACAUUUUGGUUAACGAAGGAAAAGGUGAUGAAUUUUCUGAUUCAUUAAAGGGUAGGAAAAAGUAUAAGGAUGUAGCUGAUGCAGCACAAGCAGCUUUUGAAUCUGCAGCAUAUGCUGCUGCUGCUGCUAGAGCAGCUGUGGAACUCUCAAGAUUCCAAUCACAUGAUCCUGAUAAUGAUGAUGAUCAUAAUAGUUCAAGUCCUCAACCAAGAAAAGUGUUUGAGGAACAUGAUUCUGUGAAAGCUAUGUCUCCAUUGGAAGGAGAAGAAUUUAGUAGGAAUGUUGAAGAGUUGGAGAAAGCAAAGGACAUUUUUAGUUCCGAUUCAGCUGCCGAUGAGAUUGCUGAUUCAAGUGAUGCAGAAAUUGAGGUUGAUUCUGUUGCUAUUGAGGGUGAAUCAGGAGUUGUUGUAUUGGAAUCCAAGAUGCAGAGUGCACCUUUUAUUGAUUUGGAGAAGAAGCCAUUUUCAGUGAGGACUAGAAGGGUACAUGGUUAUUGAAAAAGAAGGAUUGAUUGUAUGUAGCAUAUGACUUGAGUUUUGCAACUAUCUAAGGCUUCAUAAUUUUUUAGUGUUUGAAAUAUGUAUUUUAUUCUUAUAAUUUUUUUUAAUCUAUUUUGAGUCUGCUUUAAUAUUUUGGA